GCGAAGCCCUCCUCCGCGCGCAUCAGCUCCCGCGUCCCCAGCCCCGUGCGGAGGGUGCAGCUCCGGGGUCGUGGCCGGGGGCGAAGAGGCCAGGGAGGGGAGGCCCCGGUCGAAGGCGUAGGCAGUACUGGAGCCCUGGGUUGCCACAGCGUCGCAGCUGGGAAACUGGAGGCGAGGCGGGUACCGGCGGGGCGGGACGGGGCGGGGCCGGGAACGAGCAUCUCCAUCCUCAGUUUCCUCGGCUUGCCGCAGCGCCACUGCUUGGAAUCCGGACCUCCACGCGGCCGGGAAAGGCUCCUAUCCCCCGGGCACUGCCGCUAACCCGGUGCAGAGCACUUGGCGACGUCUCGCUGCCCGUCUCACGUUUCUCGGCUCAUCGCUGCUCUGGGCACCAGCUGCCUCUUGGCAGGCGCUGCUGUCACACGGUGGACUGUUCUGGCCUUACUGAGCUGCCGUUUGGGGACAUCAGAUUCAGGUCGUAUGGGGAGAAAGGAGUGUAAUUUUGCAAAGUGUGAUAUGGAGACCCUGGCCCGUUGCCCAUUUCUGCCUGAUGUAAGGCCAACUAGGGUGGUGAUAAGAAGGGUUCCGAGGCAGGAUUUGUGCAACAUUUAUGUAAAAUUGUAAAUUUUCUUUGCUUUCCAUUAUCUACGGAAAAGGGGGAUUGUGGCCACAUAUCUUAAAGAUAAAGAAUCACACUGCUCUGGUGGGGCUCCCCUCCUCACUGUGGUUAAUUAUCAUUUGGAACAUUAGGCUAUAUUGGAAACUGGCAGGACUCCCAGACCCGGAUAAUUGUCUGAGUGGAGGCAGCAGCAUACAAUUUCUCCAUAGUGUUUAGGUUCUGCUUUUCUUUUCUUUUCUUUCUUUCUUUUUUUGGUUUCGGUUCACAGUAAAAGGUUCUGCUUUUCUUUGACUUUCUUAGUAUUUUUUUUUUCCCAUGUCUAUUACCCUCACAGUCUCUGGGGCUGAUAGAGUGCUGUUAUUUGUUACUGAGAAAGGAAACGAAGGGGUAAAUCACAGAAGUGGGGUCGGCUGUCCCUGUUGCCCUGGAAUUGGGUAAUUCAAACAUCAUUUUGAAAAGGUCAUCCUUUGACCAACUGAAACAAAUAACACCCCCUGGUCAUUCUCUACUAGUGGUUCUCCUGCUUGGCCGUAUGUUGUAAUCAUUUAGGGACCUUAAAAAAAAGCUGCUUCUUGGGCCUAUUCCCACAGAUUCUGAUUUGAUUGUUUGAGUGGGGCCCAGUUAUUCAUAUUCUUAAAAAGCUUCCACGAUGAUUAUUAUUGUUCAUGCAGGGCUGAGGACUAUAACUUCUCAAUGUGUUCAAUAUUUAAAAAAUAGCACUUAGUAUGGUGUGACUUACAUAACUGAUUUUAUUACUUCUCCACCUGCCAUGUAACCUCCAUGAAUACAUGGGGCCCUGCUUUGGAAGAAGGGCAAGGGAAGGUCCAGCAAGAAGAAUGAUAUAAAAAUGAAAAAAACAUUUAUGUGUGUUUCAAAUGUGGCAUGAAGAAAAUAAGGACUGCUGGUCAAAAUUGCCUCAGUUCAGAAUUUCAUGCUAGAAGGAAAGGUAGACAUAACUUCUAAUUUCUAGUUCCAGUAAGCGUCUCUUCUUGGAAAAUUUCCAAAAAAGAGUCUCCCUCUGUUACCCAGGCUGGAGUACAUUGGUGUGAUCAUGAUUCACUGUAGCCUCCACCUCCUAGGCUCAAACAAUUCUCCUACCUCAGCCUCCUGAGUAGCUGGGACUAAGGAGUUCUUCGAAGAAAAAUGUGCUGCUUGAAUCAACUGCAGUCUCUCCGCUACGUAAGAGCUCUUAAGGGUACUAGCAGAAUAGAAGCAAAUGAAACUGAAAGCUCAUCUGCCGCUGAGAAAAACAAAGACAUGGAAUUUUAAAGAGUGAAGGUAGCCUGGUGUCGGCCAUGGGUGAUCAAGACACAGCCAGACAAUGUGGACCAAUUUCUUCAAACUACGGCUUUUCUGCUGUCUGCUUGCUGUGUUGAUGGUGGUGGUGCUGGUCAUCAAUGUUACUCAGGUAGAGAGAUGGGGUCUCGCUCUGUGGUCCAGCUUGUCUCAAACUUCUAGACUCAAGCAAUCUUCCUGCCUAAGCCUCCCAAAGUGCUGCAAUUACAGUACUUGGACCAUGAGACUGUUUCAGCCACAUUCAUCGACAGCAGUGGGCAGUUUGUUUCCUCCCAGGUGACAAGAAUUAGCCGGAAUCCCUACUGUGGCUAUGAUCAGCAGAUCCUGUCCAGCCAGGAGCGCAUGGAGGAGGACUCCUUGCUGGCUGCCUUGCACGGGCAGGUUCCAGAUGUGGGCCCAGUCCCCUUUGUGAAGAGCACUGACCCUUCUUCCAGCUAUUUUGUUAUCUUGAACUCUGCUGCCUUCUUUAAGGUGGGAAGCCAGCUGGAGGUACUGGUUCAUGUACAGGAUUUUCAAAGAAAGCCCAAGAAGUAUGGUGGAGACUACCUGCAGGCCAGAAUUCACUCCCCCAAGCUGCAGGCCGGGGCUGUGGGCAGGGUGGUGGACUACCAGAAUGGGUUUUACAAGGUUUUCUUUACUUUGCUAUGGCCGGGCAAAGUUAAAGUGUCUGUAUCUCUGGUCCACCCCAGUGAAGGGAUCAGAGUUCUUCAGCACUUACAGGAAGAUAAACCAGACAGGGUCUAUUUCAAGAGUCUCUUCCGUUCAGGAAGAAUUUCUGAAACUACUGAGUGCAACGUGUGUCUUCCUGGGAAUCUGCCCCUGUGUAACUUUACAGACCUCUACACUGGGGAGCCCUGGUUCUGCUUCAAACCAAAGAAGCUCCCUUGCAGUAGCAGAAUUACCCAUUUCAAAGGUGGAUACCUGAAGGGUCUCCUAACUGCUGCAGAGAGUGCAUUCUUCCAGAGUGGUGUCAAUAUCAAAAUGCCAAUCAACUCCAGUGGACCUGAUUGGGUAACUGUGAUUCCCAGGAGAAUAAAAGAGACGAAUAAUCUAGAACUAUCUCAAAGCUCAGGAACUUUUCCUUCUGGGUAUUACUAUAAAGACCAGUGGAGGCCCAGAAAGUUUAAGAUGCGUCAGUUUAAUGACCCUGACAACAUUACAGAGUGCUUACAAAGAAAAGUGGUGCAUUUAUUUGGUGACUCAACAAUCAGGCAAUGGUUUGAAUACCUUACUACGUUUGUUCCAGAUUUAGUGGAGUUUAACUUGGGUAGUCCUAAGAAUGUGGGCCCCUUCCUGGCAGUGGACCAGAAGCACAACAUCCUGCUCAAAUACCGCUGCCAUGGUCCCCCCAUCCGCUUCACCACCGUCUUCAGCAGUGAGCUCCGUUAUGUGGCGAAUGAGCUGAAUGGCAUUGUGGGAGGGAAGAACACAGUGGUCGCCAUAGCUGUAUGGUCUCACUUCAGCACCUUCCCCUUGGAAGUGUAUAUCCGGCGGCUCAGGAACAUCCGUCGAGCAGUGGUUCGGCUCCUCGAUCGAAGCCCAAAGACCGUGGUGGUCAUCCGGACGGCCAACGCCCAAGAGCUGGGACCUGAGGUGAGCCUUUUCAACAGCGACUGGUACAACUUUCAGCUGGACACCAUUCUUCGGAGGAUGUUCUCAGGGGUUGGAGUAUAUCUUGUGGAUGCCUGGGAGAUGACCCUGGCCCAUUAUCUACCACACAAGCUGCAUCCUGAUGAAGUUAUUGUGAAGAACCAGCUGGACAUGUUCUUGUCCUUUGUGUGCCCCUUGGAGACCUAGUCUAUCCUUGAAGGGACUGGAGGAAUCAUAUUCAACGACCUUCUCAAUUGACCUGAGCUACAGAAAGUGGCCCCAGUGAGAGAUGACUGCCAUUAAUAAGUAUAAAAUUUCAAAAAGAGCUGGACUUUAUAUGAUAGCUUACAAGGAGCUUAGAAAAUGCAGGUUUCAUUUAUAUCUACCUAUAGGAUUUUAUCCAAUCUUGACUUAGCCAUGGUAGAACUCAUUAACAGCAUCUAUACACUAUAUUGCUCUUGUAACCAAAGAUGCUAAUGAGUGUAUUUGAAUUAGCUUCUCCUGGGAGGGGUGAUUACUUUGCUAAAGACUGAAACAGGUUCUGAUGGAAGGGACAAUGGUACUAGAGUGUUUGUAGCUUAUCUGGUAAAGGGAAUUGAGUGCAUCUGCAUGAAUAGCACGAGUAGUCCGUCUUCUGGGGGUCAAUCGCAGAAAGCUUAUAGCCAGAGGCUCUUGUGAAUGCACUGAAGACUGCUGUGUCUCAGGAGUUUCUCUUGAUGAUCUACCUUUUCUGAAUUACUUGAAAAGGCCAGUGUGCUUGGUUCGAAUUUUAUAGUGAGAAUAUUUACAAUUUCCUGCUUUUAUCUAGAAAAGCAGAAGGGAAACAUGAAAGCAGUACAUAUAAAAUCUGUGUUUGGAAUUAAUAUUUGCAUUUGGUGAUUGUUUUUUAUUUGAUCCAGCUAAAUUUUAUGUGUUGAAUACUUACUCUAGAAUAACUACUUUUAGAACUGGAAGGGGAAAUCUGUAAACAGAAAUUUAUUUUUAUGUUCUGAAAUUUGAGGGUUUUAAGAAUUGCCUUUUAUGUAAUGAAUGCUAUUGUAUUAUAAAGCUGUGAAAGUUUUUCCCACCAA